AGCUUCUUUUUUUCCUUCGGUGGAGGGAGGCCAUGAUGGGAGCCUGAGAGUUCAGCUGGAGCGACAGCAGCGAGAAAAGAAGAUGAUUCCUCGGGACGGAACUGUCAAACCAAUCUGUGCAGAUUUAUGAUCUUUGUAUAGUCUAUAUACAUUUAAGGUGGAGCCUGUCACUUUUUUUCAAAUGUGUUCUUGGCAAUCAGUCGAUGACAAUGUUGAAUCGUUAGGAGGCUUUUGGAUCGAAAAAGGGGGGAGCGUAAGCUAUUGUUGCUAGCUAGCUGCGCUAGCUAGCCAGUUAGCUAGCGAGCGAGGCUAGCUGCGUCUGAGUGACUGGAUACGGGUUUCUGGACCGGUGAGUUCUCGGUCCUCUCGCUGUCAAUCGCGGCAGCUGCGAUUGAGCCGUCGGCUUGGACCGCGUCUGACAUCCAAAGGGUUCUCUGUGGAUAGCUGCAUGUAUUUUAUUCGGGAGUGUUUGCGAGACGAAUUGCAGGAUUGGGAAAGUCGGGCCUGCACGGAGGAGCAGAGCAAGGCCCGUCUUUAUGAUCCAGAGGAAGCCUUUCUAAUCCUACCGACAGCAGCCACUGUUAGCUCUGCUGGCUAACGAGUCUAUACGAGGACCACCACCAAAAUUCAAGAGAGCAGAGCCCACUGUCUGGACCAGACUGCCACCUCGAGAAAAACCUGUUUUCACCAUCUCCCCCACAGAGACUCCUGUCAGCUGCCACAAUGGCUAUGUUUAUAAAAGAAAUGGUCAGCCGGAACAAAAGGAGAUAUCAGGAGGAUGGGUUCGACCUGGACUUAACAUGUAUCCUUCCGUGUGGUUACUAUUUUCUCAGCACCCCAAAUCUUGGCUGGUAAAUGUGUGAUAUUUGCAUUGAGUUUGGUUGAGCUGGAAGCUGAAUUGUCAGUGCAGAAAUGUGAAGUACUUAGCCUCUCUGCUACAUAGCAGGCUGGCUACUUGGUCAGACAGCGCAGCUCUGCUGUCACCCAGCAUGUUUGAAAGAUGGUGGAUCUGUCAAACCACCACACAUAAAUGUCACUGUCAUAUUAUAACAGGAAAAGCCCGUUCAACUGGACAUUACUGUGUGUUUAAGAGGCAAAGACAGUAUUUCUCAACCUGCAUACCAGUCCCCCAGUGAUGGACCCAGCUUCAUGUUGUGAAGUACAUCAGAUAAUCUUUUUUAGGAGCUAUAUUAAAAGCAAGAUGAUGGGUUUUUAGGAUGGAUGAUAUGCUGACAGAAAGUGGUUUCAGUUUUAGUAUCCCUGUUAAAAGCUCACCUCAUUUGUGUCCUCUAUGGCAGAGCAUUCACUGAUGGAUGGCAACAAAUCUGUAAAAUUUAAUUAACAUUUCCUGCUCCCUUUUUAUCUAUGGAGAUAAAAUGAUUUCCAGGUUAAAGUAUUGCUAUUUCUGGCCCUUGUGCAUGACUUGUUCCUCAUCUAUUACCACUGAUAAUAUUUGACCUGGUUCCUCAGCACAGUGUGUCUGGUUACUCAAGUUGGUAUCUUUACUUGUUGGGCUUGUGAUAGGCUAGACUCGGUUGGUCAAAGUCAAAUCGAUGCAAAAUAAUGUGAUAACAAUAAUGUGUAUCAGUGCAGAGAUUAGGUCAUUGCUGUAAUUCGUAUGACAUAGCAGUGGGAUGUGUAACCCCAUUUUCUGCCCUUUUUGUCUCAAUCAUAUUUAAAGUUUCAGAGCACAAAGAUAGUCUAAAAGUGAUGCCACAAACUCCAACUACAACAGUUUUGAUUAUCCUUUUUUCUAUGCAGAAGAUUUCCUGUCAUGAGUUUCUGCAAUUGAGACACAAGUAUUUGAUUUUUUUCCUUUCUUUGUCUAGAUUUGUCAAAGAAAAUGAAAUAUGUUGGGUACAGUAAGACAUUUUGGAGAUGUCAUCCUAAACUGCAUUUCUUUAUCUAUUUCAAUAUUUUUUAUUGACCGGACAAUCACGUGACCGAACGAGGAAGGAAUUGAGCAGCUUAAUCGAUAAUUAUAAUGGUUGGAAGUUGCAGCCCUGUCUCGUUCUGUGCAGCUUGUGAAAAAUUAAACAGGUCAUUGUAUUUAUGGACUUAAUUUGCUCUGGUUAUCAGUUUGUAGCAUGAAGCUGAUAUCACUUCUGAGUGCUUGCCUGAGUUCUCGUUGAAUGUUAAACUAAUGUGCAGACCCUUUUAUUGAUACUGCCUCCAUAGAUAGCAUAUUGACCUGAUUUUAAAGGCUGAACCAUCAGCUGGGAUGUAUGUGUGACUGCAGAUGCUGAAACAUCACGGUGCGUCUCGCUUGGUUUUAGUUCGUGGUGAAGCUUGUGGCACGUCUCUGGGUGACUCUAGCUUUGUGCAGGUGUGAAGGGGGCUCACCACACUAAACUUGCAUCUUUCUUUGGGCUUACAGUCUCAUCUUGUUCAGAUGUGGGCCCUUUCAAACCAUCCCUUUUAUCAUUUUUGGCACGGUGUCUAAAAACAAUAUGGGCUCUCUGCAGUUAUGUAAUGCAGUAUCACAGUUCUGGGAAUUGCCCUUAAAAUAGAGUUGCCAGUGAUCUUGUAUCAGCUUUGCUGUCUGAGUGCUCUCUCCCUCUCUUACCCUCUCAACCCACCACCUCUCCUUUGCUCUUUUUCUUUACUACUCCCACUCUUAAUACUCCCUCCCUCUGCUUGCCCCCUUUCCUCUGCUCUCCUCCUUUCCUGUCCUCCCCCACCCCCUCCUUGCUCAGCGCUUGCCGGUUCCCACUCUCCCUUUCCCCCCCACCCUCUCUCUCCUGCUCUCAGUUGUGGAUUUGGCGUUUGCAUAGAGCUCAGGCAGGGCUGGCUUUAAAGAAAAGGCGUGCCUGAAACGGCAGAUUUUCUCUUUUUUUUUUUUUUUUUUUUUUUUUCUUCUUUCCCUCCUACAUGGAGCUUCCGUCAGGGGGUCCCGUAUGUGCAUUUCCUCCCAGCUGCAGAGUCCAAGCCCCCCAUGCCCUGGGUUGAGGCUCUCUUGGGAGCUGUGGAGCUUUUUAAAAACACUUAUAAUAGUCAGACUGGGAUCUUUUCGGCAUUAGGUCCCAGGGUUAAAGUAGCCCAUCAAGUAGCACAGAAAACCUCUACUUGGCUCCUAAUUAGGUCUUUGAGGCAUUAAUGGAUGGGUUUUUGGUACAGUAUGUACAGAAAGGUUACUACAGGAAGGUAGCUGGUAGUGUGCAAAUAAUACUAUAAAUUUGUUAUAGGCUUUGUUGAAUUCAUGCAUGUGUGAAACUCACCUUUGCUGUAGUACUGCUUUUAUUUAAUGCACUUCUAGGUUCAUUUUUGCAGCCAAAUAUUUUUAAUUGCAUCAACUCUGUGCAUGCACGUAACUGACCGGUAUCCCUGUCUAUCCUUUCUAUGUUUGUUUGGUUGUUCUCAUGUGUUUGCAUAUGCAGAUACUUGCUAUAAAAUAUCAUUUUUGUCCUAUAGUAACGUUCAAAACGGAUUUUCCUGCACUAUUCAGGAUCAUUAGGUUACAGUUUUAUUGAAAUUUAUUAAGUUCGCUAAAUUUGCGAUGUCUUUCCUCUUCGGCUCGCACCGGCGAAGUUGUGCACAGAGCCGGCUUUCUCGCCACAGUUGUCAGAUCCGUGUGUCAAAUUAUUCUGACCAGUAAAAAAGUGAUUUGACUCUCGGAAAAAUAAGGCCCGCUCAAAAAACGAAACAGACACAUCCAAUUAGAAUUAUUCGGCUCUUCUAUUUUUGACACCGUGGCACAGGAAGUGUAAGAAAAGGCUGCCCUUUAGUCAGUGGUUAAAGUGUGAAAUCCCACGGCUUAUGGUGACAGGCAGACUUCAGUUACAGGUAGGCGUCGCAGCCGAGCCUCAAAGACACACAAGCCACCUUCAAGUUAUUCUUUUCACUGCAACAUGAAGCUGAUGUGUGCCUUAAAGGUUGGAUGUAUGGCAGCAUGCAUUUUCCAUCACAGCCCCCUCGCCGUUACAGAGAGCCCUGUUUCAUGUUGGAUGGUGAAGGUAGCCAGGUGGAGCCAGAUGGAGGAAGUUAAACUUAUCGUGGAAUCUGGUGUUUGUGGUUCGUAAUAAUGUUUCUGUUGUCCUAACUUCGACUCACAAAUUCAAACACAAAGGAUGUCUUGUUUGGAGGUACCUCUUUUUACAUUUUUUUCUUAAUACCUGCGUGUCUCCGCGUUGACUGGUCUGGUAGAUAUUCAAAUUGGUCCGGCGGAGCUCGGAGGAGAGAUAAGCUGAACGUUUGCGAUCAGCCCAAUAUAACUUUGGGCUCUAAAAAUAAAUGCAGGUCAUGGAGCGGAGUCUCCUCGUGCACCCACAUGUGGGCCUGGCUCAUGCAGGAGUGCUGUUAACUCCCGUCCUCUCUGCCUGCUUCUCACUGUCAAGGCCAUCUGUCACAACACACAUAAACACAAAUACACACACACACACACACACUGAUCUCUGCUCCCAUCUAUCCGUGACCACUGUGCCACCCUCAUAUUGACAUAGGCUGGAUUUUUUUUGCUGCUCAUCUCUGCGUUCUUGUAAUUGUGCCCUAAUGGUAGAGUCUUGUGUGUAAAGAACUGAACUUCAUAAGGAAAGCUCGACCUCUGUCACGUUUCCUUAACCCCUGCUUGAACAGAUAUCUACCCAAACAUCAUUGCUAUGGGCUUUCCAGCAGAGAGACUCGAAGGCGUGUACAGAAACAAUAUAGACGAUGUAGUACGGUGAGUGCUGUUUGCUUUGAGCUCGUAUACAGAUGAAAAAUGCAUCACAGAAUAUAUUUCUUCGAUUACAAAAACACAUUUUGUAAUAAAUUGAAUUUCCUUUGUGGUUUUGUUCCCUGCUGCGAACAGGUUUUUGGAUUCAAAGCAUAAAAACCAUUACAAAAUCUACAACCUGUAAGUGUCCCACAUUUUCUCCCUACCUGAGCCGCUCUUUUGUUUAUUUAAUAACUUCCUCUCUCUGUGGCUGCUAACUGGAUUUCGUUCUUCCCGUUUCAGCUGCGCCGAGAGACACUACGAUGCUGCCAAAUUUAACUGCAGAGGUAGGCGGCUUCACGUGCUCUUUGGACGCUUUCCUUCAUAAAAGUGAUGACACAAAGGAUCGAUCAAAAUCUACUCCUCCCUCUCCUCUGACCUGUCCAUAUUUCUCUCCUCUUUUUUUUUCUUCUCCCUCUCUCCUCUCUGGUUACAACUUUGCGUGGGCCUGCAUCCCGUCACGCAUCAGUUGCACAGUACCCCUUCGAAGACCACAACCCUCCUCAGCUGGAGCUAAUUAAGCCGUUUUGUGAAGACCUGGACCAGUGGCUCAGCGAGGAUGACAAUCACGUGGCAGCCAUCCACUGUAAGGCCGGGAAGGGCCGCACCGGAGUUAUGAUCUGCGCCUAUCUCCUCCAUCGGGGCAAAUUCCUGGAGGCCCAAGAAGCGCUAGACUUUUACGGUGAAGUCAGGACAAGGGACAAGAAGGUGAGAUGUUAAUCUUGAGAAUUAAUGGCUGUUACAUCAGAGAAACCGUUCCAAAUCGGGCAGCGACUGAAUGUUUAAUGCCCUUAAACAAUUGGUUGAAAAAUGAUAACUAUUUUCCCAGGGCCGCGUUUAAAAUCUGCUGAUAUUCGUUCAAUAUAGAAGAAAUGUUCUUAAUUAUUGUUUCUGUCAUUGUAGGGAGUAACGAUCCCGAGCCAGCGCCGCUAUGUCUACUAUUACAGCUACCUACUGAAGAACCAGCUGGAGUAUAAGCCGGUGGCACUCCUCUUCCACAAAAUGGUGUUCGAGACUCUCCCCAUGUUCAGCGGGGGCACCUGCAGUGAGUCACGCUUAUGUUCAACUCCAAACUAGGGCGUAGGCAAUGCACACCGCUGUUCAAACGGCAGCGAGCGAGAGCCUUGGAUGUGUGCUGUGCACUGUAGGGCUCACCCACGCUCCGCUUUAGCUCCGCAGAAACACAGAGGGUCAUCUGCGGGUAGAGUCCUGUGCAGAGGGGUGGGUAGGGGGGGUUCAAGUGUGGCUGGAUUUUGCCGCAGUAUUUUUGGACCUUUUGACUAACAGGGGGGCAGGUUCUUAUUGAUUAAGUCCUGUUGUUGCUGCUUACACUGUGGCCAACUUAUGCUGUGCCCACUUCCAAAACAACUUGGUGAAUCACGGUGACGUGGAAACCGAAAUUCAGCCCCUUCAAUUCUUUGCAUAGUGAAGUAAGGAGUCGUACGUGCAGCAAAAUUUCAAAUUGGAGCUUCCUGUGAGUGAGUUAUCAUCUUUAGAAAGUCAGGCUUAGUUGUCUACCGGUCGUUGAAUACUGAUCUCAGCAGUGAAAGCAGACUGGAAUAGGAAUCGAACACUACAGCCAGCGGUUUCUCUUUCGCAGUUCUCAUGUGUUAAUAAGCCUCUGCGGUUAGUUUCAGUUUCCGAACGGUGAAUAUCCACCUGCUUUCUUUGUCGUACAGCACUGUGAAUGCUAACAGUGGCAUUUGUGAUCUCCUGAGAGAUACAGGCUCGAGGCAGUUAGACCCAGAACUGGAUUUGAUUUAUUUAAAAGUGGGCUGAAACCAGGGAUGCACAAUAUGAAUGUUUUGGCGAUUCCCAAGAUGCUGAUAUUUCAAGCGUAUUUUGGCUGAUACAGCUCUAUCCACACUUUUUGUUUUGUAGUAAAGAACACAAAGUCUCUCCUGUACCGGAAUUAUGUUAUUCUUAUUGUGACGGUCAUAUACAAAUGUGUCUCCUGUCUUUUUCCAACACUUCGAAAUACUUCCAUACAUCUGACAUCUUUUUGUAUGGGUGUAAACUGACAUUGUGCAUUCAUAGUGAUAAAGAACCACCUUAUUCGCAGCACAUAUUGUCUGAAAUGUGUAAAUCUGUUGAUGCUGCUGUUAACUUUUUUAGCCGUUAUCUGCCAAGGCUGGUUUUGUGGGGACAAUAUUGUGCAUCCCUGGCUAUGAUCAAUUUAAUAAUGAGUCUGGAAACUCAAAGAUCCUGUUAGAUCGUAAGUUUAGGGUUGAUGUGAAUAAUAAUGCUGAAAUGUAUGAAUAUGGUCACUUAUAAAAAUGUCAAUACCAUGUCUUCAAACUUGUAUCAGCAGCCUCUUAGCUUGAGCUUUUCUGCUUAAAGAUGCCUGGGUCACUCUAUGCUGUGCUUCUCUUGUGUCUUAAUCUGUCUGUUUAAUGUUGUCUAGAAAAAAUGCCUCUCCUCUGUCAUUUCUGUGGCUUUUUUCAUCCUAACAUGACUGUAUUGAUCUUCCUGUUUCCCUUUAACUCUCCUUUUUUUUUAUCAAAAAGGCCCUAUUCUGAGUUUGACGUCUUCCACGCACACACACAUACACGCACGCCAUGCUCUUUUAGCCUCAGGUUUGAGCUCACCUUGUUCAUACAAAAAAAAGCAGACGUCUCCUUGAUACGUCCGUUACUCUGACUCAACACUGCACAUAUCUCUUGGCGGUACAUGAUUGUGUGUGAUCUCCCAAGUUCCCCCUUUGUUCCCUUUUUGUGCAUCACACACAUCAGGUCCUGCGUCACAUGUCAAAGAUGCACACAAUAGUUCAAGCGUCAUAUGAUGUUCAUAAGAAAAAGCGACAUAAAUGCACCUAUCUGUAUAUCUCUCUGUAGAGCUCUUGUGUCUGUGUGCCUGCUGUGCUGUCGAGCCCCCUGACAGGCCGGCCAGGUUGCUCUGUUUGUGAUAAUCUCCUUCUCUCUUUCUAAGGGGACAGUACCGUUAAAAACAGGAGCGAGCCGACCCCUCAGGGCUUCAAGAAAGGGAAUUGGCACUGGGGUAAAUGAGCCUUUUAAUCCAUUAUUGUUGUUAUGAUUUCACUGAUUUGCUUUUAUAUGGCCCCAGAGAUCCACCAGGCAGGAGCAGUCUGAGGGUAGACAUGUAGCCGAGCAGGACAGGACUAGCUUCCAGGCAUAUGAUGUCAUCUCCAAACCCACCCUGACAGACUAAAGAAAGGGUCAAAACUCGAUUUAUUAAAUGCAACAUGUUGGCUUUGUCCAAGACCGAACUUUGACUGUCUAUCAGAAUAGGGUCCCGUGUCUCUGGUUGCGGGUCUCUUUGGGUUGUGGGUCUCUUUGGGUGUCAGGUUUUGUGGUCUGCUACUCUCCCUGUCUAAUUUUAAUACAGUAUUUUUGCUCUCACUGUUUCGGGGAGGUGAUGGUGUGCUGUGCUUUUUUAUUUUUUCUUCCAAACUCAUAUAAUAACACUUGUACCCCGUCUUGCUCUCUUGCUUUUUUUUCUAACUCACCUUUCUUAUUUUGUGUUUUCUGUCUCGUCCCCUUACAAAUCUCACGAUCUUUGCCCCCCCCCCCUCCUCCCCCCUCUCUGUGCAACGUUUACACUUCUUUUGCAGAUCCCCAGUUUGUGGUGUACCAGUUGAAAGUCAAGAUUCACACGUCAAACCCUGCUCACACGCGGCGCGAGGACAAGCACAUGUUUUUCGAAUUCCCCCAGCCGCUGCCCGUCUGCGGAGACAUCAAAGUGGAGUUCUUCCAUAAACAGAAUAAGAUGAUGAAGAAGGUUAGUGCUGUUGACUUUUGGGGCCUUCAUGAGUUUGUUUGUCACUCCGAAAAAUUCUGCUGGUCAUUAAAUAAGAGUCCACUUUGGAUGUUUUCAUGCAGUUGUUUGGUCGAAGAAAAAGAAUCACUUAUUUGCUCUCUCAGUUGUACGGUGGCCGAGAACCGCCACUGCUGCAAAUGAAGAAGAAUGCAAAAAAAAAAAAAAAAGAAGCCACAACGGAAGUUACUGAUGGAAAAAGACGAGCUAAACAUAAGUCUUAGAUGACUGAAAUGUGAAGAGACGAAUUUGCGUUUACGUUGACGAGAUGAGACUAGACGAAAACGUUAGUGGUGGACGACAAACAGCAUUGCAAAAUUCAUGAGCCUUUCGUCAGUCAAACGCUAAAUAUAUAUUCUGCAGUGUUGUUUUCGUUGACGUUAACGAAAUAUUUUUGUCAACGAAAACAACACUGUUACUGUGAAAAUAUAAGGAAGCAAAUAAAAAAAGCCACAAUGGAAGUGAGCUGCCGGGGACCAAUAAUGAAAAAAAGUGAGGGGUCUGCCUACUAUAGCAACCGAACUUGAUUGUCCUCUCGUGGGUGGUCUUUCGGGGCAUAGUGGGUUUCCCGUGUUAGCCGAAGCUAACACUACACCGGCAUCCUCCAGUUUAACUUCAUAUUGACUCAGGCGCAUCAUGGCCUAACCAAAUGACACAUUGAAAAGUUAACGAAGUGAAAUUAAAAAAUAACCUCUCCACUAACUUCUUUGCUCGUCUUCUCGCCAUCGUCUUCUGUGGCUAGAUCCUAAAACACCGGUGCAUCAUCACUAUUGAUGUAGUUUUAUUCCAGACUACCACUUUUUUGCGUAGUUAACUUCUGUUGUAGCUUUUUUUUUUUUUUUUUUUUUGCACCACUUCUUUUUUUUAUUUGCUGCGGGCUUCGGUUUCGGUUUCUUUUUUUUUUUUUUGCAGUGAUGGCAUUUUUUGUCCGCCAUACAAUUGGAUACCAGGGGUUUCCGUUUUGAAAUAUAAUGCUGGUAAAUCACAACCUGAAUCCGAUCUAGAUUUAUCAUCAAACAGGUUCACUUACAUACAGUAGUGAUAUCCACUCAGCUUUUUUCGGCCUAAAUCCUAAUCUGAUUAAAAGAUAAAUUUGAGUGUCCAGGAGCGUCAGUUGUUUUUGCCUAGAAAGAUAAAUAAAAAUGCACAUUAUGUUUUUUUUUUUUUUUUUUUUUUUUUUUUUUUUCUUUGCUGUUUCUUGUUUCUCCAAAACUAACACAGUUCAGCUAGCAUUGCUCUCAAACUAGCAUAUAAUCAUUUUAGCUUCUCCUCACAAUGUCUUUUCUUGUCAGGUCAGCUGAUACUGUAGUCACCUGACCUGUGACACCUUAAAAGAGGAAAGGGUAGCGAUCAGUCCAUGUUCAUUAUCAAACAGCAGUUACAUCAUGUUUUUAAUUAUCUCCUCUGUUGUCACUAACUCUGCUGUUAAGCUCUGAAGUGUUGUGUUGAGAUGUCAGGAUGUAGUGAGAUGAGCCGGCUGUCCAAAGCAAUGAAUUCAUCGAUGUCCUCUGUAUUUUUUUCUCCUUUUUGCUCUUGAGGAUAUUUCUCCUUCCUAUUACAGUCCAGAAUUUUUUGCUGUGGUGUAGCAGCCUUUCCUUCUUGACGCUUUAGUGAAUGCACCAAUCUUUGGGUCAUAGGUGUUGUAUAAAAAGCUCAAAAUGUUGCUGAUGUUCGCGCACACGAAGAGAGUUUCAGUUCAGAGCGGGCCCCUCUUUGGCUUUUUAUAGAUGCAUCAGAGUGGUUUUACUAAACACAGUUCUGCUACUACCGCCCCACCAAACUAUCUUAUCGCUAAUAUUGCAAUCGGCCGUUGGGCUGCUUUCAUUUUCGAGUUUAAAAAUGCUUUCACACUCCUGACGCGUAAACCACAGGGUUGCUGAUGCUAACAUAACGUGCUGUCCUGAAUUGCCAUGUUGUGUUACGAUUCAUUCUUCAUGAAAACAAUGAAGACUUCAUUAUAACCUAGAAUAAAGAGUGUAGGGCAGUGAUUGAUGAACUUGAAGAAGUUUUAGUUUGUGUGUUUUGAGCUACAGACAAGGGCUUCUCUAUCUUUGUUUGUGCAAGAACUCAAAUGCACUUAAGCGCUUAUUUCCAUAUUUAGUUGUCUGAGUCUGUCUGCCUUGUUCUCUCCAGCACAGUAGGAGUCUAAACAUCUUACAUGCAGUCAUUAGUUUAAUUAAUGCCCUCUCAAAGCUCAAGUAUUGUCGUUGAAAUAUUGAUGAUCAAAGGCAACACUGUGAAAACACUUUAUUGGCAGAAAUAUCCACUGAGUGAGAGGGAGACAAACACAGAUGAGUCCUCUGGUAGGCUGAUGGGCCACAGUCAGGUCAUGUAAACAGCUCGACAUGUCGAUGACUGAAUUCAGACCUAAGGGUGAUGGCAUUGGCACAGUCACCAGAAUGUUUCCAACUGUAAUGAAGCUAAAUACAGUGAACCCCCGCUAUGUUUAAAUAGCUGAUGUAGGGCUGGGCGAUAUGGCUUCAAAUCAAUAUCACAAUAUAUUAAGCAGUUCAUCUCGAUAACGACAAAUGGAAGAUAACUACUCCACAAGCUGCUCACCCCCUCCCACAUAAACUUCAUCUACUUCAGCCGCUACAACUUUUGAACCGUCGUCCAUCUUCUCACCUGUUUUUCCCUCUUUAUUAAGGACUGGAUGGGGUGGAGUCAUGUAUCGACGUAGGACGGUGUCUUAAAGGGACAUGAGAUCAUAGCCUACCUACACGCAUCCAAAACCAACUUAAAUUUAUUUUAUUUUUUGACACCAAAUAUAUUGAAAUGGGCAAAAUGACGUAGGUUAUUGACGUAAAUUUCAGUAUCAGUAAAUUUUCAGUUUAUCGCCCAGCCCUAUGUGAUAUGAUAAAAAUAGAUUUCAGAGAGGAGAACCCCCCAGACCCCACAGAAAAAAAGGCACAGAGGGAAAAAUACUCAUACAUUUAAUUCUGGCAAUGUGUUGAAGAAAAUGUUUAACACUGUGUUGCAUCAGCUUGUCUUUCAGCAACACUCUGUUAACGUUUGGGAACUGAGACGACCAAGUUUCUGGAGUUUUGAAUGUGAAUCCGUGCUCCAGUUUUAUAUCAAACUUCAAUAGUUAGGAGUCUCUUCUGUUGUGUUUUUCAUUUUGUGAUAUGUCAGAUGUUGUCGGCGACACUGCAAUCAGACCAGUUAAGCAAGUGGACUCCUCUACUACUGAGCCAUGUUGUUGUCUGAAUGUGCUUAAUACAUUUGAUACAGAAGGUCUUCUCUAAAGGCAUUGUCUCGGUGGCAUCAUGUGUCGCUUAUAUCAUUCAGUGUUGAUGACACCUUCCCAGAUGUGUAAGCUACACAGGCACUAAUGCAUUCACGUACCAUCACUUAUGCUGGUUUUUAAACUGUGUGCUGAUAAAGAGCCAGGUGGUCUCUUUUCUCUCUGGAGUGGAGGAUUGGUUGUCCAUGACGUCCAAAAAGAAAGUCCAAUGUUGACUCUUCAAACCAGAAGAUAGUUUCUCACUUUGGGUUCAGAGAAGCAGACAGCAUUUCUGUUGCAUUUCUUUUCAUCCGUGGGUCCUCUUUUGGGCAUGGGGCAGUUUUUAACUGGCAAAUAUAGAUGUGGCAACAAACUGUCCAAAGGCAAUAACUUUUUAAAGUGAUUUUAAGCCCGUGCUGUGAUUUCCACUUCUGAGUCAUGUCUGUCUUUUUUGAUGCAGUGCUGCCUGAGGGCCUGCAGAUAGAUCUUUGCUAUCCAGUAUUGGUUUUAAGCCUUUUGUACAGUGAUGCUCUGAUCUUUCAAAAAUAAGAUGGACUGUAGGCGAUGAAAUCCUUCAAGUCUUUGCAAUUCCAGGCUUGUGAACGUUAUUUUGAAAUUGUUGCGCUGUCUUUAUUUUAGAGACUCUGCCUCUCUGGAGUGGCCGUUUUUUAUUUUACUUGGUCAUGUGACUAACCUGUUACAAAUUAGCCCAUUAUUUAGGAGAUGCUCCUUAGAGUGUUUUUAAGUGGGAAAUUUCCCUCUAAGUUAGAGCUACUGCUACCCCAGCUGGAAAGAGACCCUUGUAGACGUGUUUUGUUUGAACUUGUGUCAGCCUCUCAUAAGCAGCUAGAUGAGCCAUAAUUGUCAGGGGUUAACCAACAUCGGUUUUUCAGAGCUGAUAUUGAUCAGUCAUAGUCCAUGAGACCGAUGACUGAUAUUAAGAAACCAAAACUUAGAAGUGUUGACAGUAAGAGUGAAAAACUUUGAUUAAAUUGAGAUUUUGGAAUAAACUUCAACAGAAAACUCUGCUUUUGCUGAUGUUUGAUUAGAACUGAAACAGUUGUGUGGAUACUGGUCCCAAUAAUCGUCCAAAACUGAUUAUUGAUCCACCUUUAAUAUCAAUAAUCCAUCCUCUCCCAAAAGAAAAAGAUGCUCUAUAGUCUGCAAGAUCAGUUAAACGCAGCACCUUAUAGAUAAGCUGUGGGAUAAAUCAGAAAUGGAAAGUAGCCUGUACAUAAAUGUAAUCCUCUGUGUUUGAAUCUGAUCGCUCCUUUUACACACUUACCUCUCACACCAUCUCCCCUCUCUCCACCUCCGCCCUCCAGGACAAAAUGUUUCACUUCUGGGUGAACACCUUCUUCAUCCCCGGACCAGAGGAGAGUGCGGACAAGAUGGAGAACGGAGCAGUGAACAAUGCAGAGAGCCAGCAGGGGGUACCGGCACCGGGCCAGGGCCAGCCGCAAAGCGCCGAGUGCAGGGACAGCUGUAGGGAAAGCGGCAGGGAAAGCGACCGGGACAGGGACUACCUCAUCCUGACGCUCACAAAGAAUGACUUGGACAAGGCCAAUAAGGAUAAGGCGAACCGCUACUUCUCGCCAAACUUCAAGGUAACGGCUAAAUCUGGAUGUCCUUGUUUGUAAACAUUUAAAGAGACAUAUCAGGGAUUGGUUUUUAUUCUGCAGACUGAGAUCGGUGUUCUCUCUCUCUUUGUUUCCAGGUGAAGUUGUAUUUUACAAAAACCGUGGAGGAGCCUUCAAAUUCCGAAGCAAGCACUUCGACAUCCGUCACCCCGGACGUUAGCGACAAUGAGCCAGACCAUUAUCGAUACUCUGACACCACUGACUCUGAUCCGGAAAAUGAACCUUUUGAUGAAGAGCAGCACACGCAAAUCACAAAAGUGUGAACUCUUUUUAAAACAGGAAAGAAGAAAUUAUACACCAGAAAAAAGGAGAAAACUUGAAUAUAAACUCAAAAGAAGAACCUUUGUCCCUUCCCUCCCCCAGACGGCAAUAGAAUAUCAUCUUGUCAAAUGCCAAUUUUAGGGAAAAAAAGAUAAAUAUCCUGACCAAUAUAUUGUUUUUUUUAUUUUUCUUUUUUUCUUUGGCACGGCCAUGUACCAUGUGCAAGGUAUUGACACUGUUGCCCCAUGGGAAAAGGUGCUGUAGCUAUAAAAAUGUAUUUAUAUAUAUACAUACGUAUAUGUAUAUACAUAUAUACAUAUAUACAUGCAUAUAUAAAAGUUUUUUUGUGUCAAAGACAAUGAGUACCACAAUCAGGAGACGGGAGUUGAAGUGUGGGAGAAGUUAGAAUGAAAUACUAGGACUAUGCUGCUCCUUCUCCUGUCUAAACCAAGGCCAGUGCUACAGUCACUUUGUUUCACUCCCUCUCUUCUCCUCCUCCUCCCUCCUUUCUCCUCUCAUCUUUUACCCUCCCACCUCCUGCCCCCUUCCAUCCUCUCCUCCUUCCUCUCCUCCUUUACUGUGAAUGCUUCUUGUGCUCUUUGCAGGCUGUCUCACGUGACUUUUGGUCUUUGUGCAGUGCAAACUGCAUGCGGGCAGUGGGUUGGGGGUGGGCGGGGGUUUAUGAAGAGGCUGUGAUGAUGUCUAAAGCAUUGCCAUUCCUGUUCCCACUGUGUAUACGUUAAGUUAUGCAGAACAAGGCAUCCCAUGUAAUUGUUAAUGUUUUUUUUAUCCUAAGAUAAUAAAAAUAUAAUACACAAAACAGCAGGGAGACAAGUGUUUGCAAUAAUGUCAACACUACAUAUAAAGGACAAUGGUGAUUUGCAUGUAUUGGAAUUGGCGUCCAUCCCUAAUAAAUGUAUGCAAUGUUGUCUUUUCUUAAAGAAA